AUGUCGGCCGAAGAAGCUGCCGUGACGAACGGGAACGAGGAGGGACAAGCGGCCGUUGGCUCGGGCGACGCCGCGGCAAGCGGGGUGUCGGGGCUGCAUCAGCUCCGCCGCAUCCGUCGCGCGCGCACGCAGUACGAGAAACUGCAGCGCCCUGCAGACAUCGCACCAGGCAGCCCCAUUCCAAGCAUUGAGGGAUGGGUGGUGUUCUUGACGAACCUGCCGCCGGACACCACGGCCGAGGAUGUGCAGGACCUUUUUGUUGGCUUCAAGGAGGGCGAGCCGGCCUACUUUGGCAACGUGCGCGAGGUCAAAAUCCCGCUCGACCGCUACUGCCAGUGCCCGGGGCACGUGCUGGUCGAGCUCGACUCCCGCGAAGGCUUUGAGCGCGCCUGCGCCGAACUGCCCGGCUACCCGAUCCCGUUUUACGUCACGGAGGGCGCUUCACCGCGUCCUCUUGGCGUCGCGCCCGCUUUUCUCGCGGAGGAGGACGAGGCCCCGAGGAGGACGCCGAAGCCGCGGCCGGCGAAAAGCGGGCCC